AUGGCUAAGAACACUCUCCUUUGUUGCAUCCUCGCCAUCGCAUGCACUUUCGUGGUGGCCUCUGAUCCCGCGCCCUUGCAAGAUUUCUGUGUUGCAGAUUUCAAUAGUCCAGUACUGGGUAAUGGUGUUGCUUGCUUGGACCCCGAGCAUGUGACUGCCGACAAUUUCUCUUUGUCCGGGCUCGACGUGCCAGGCAAUGUGUCAAACCCGCAAGGCUCGGCGAUCACCCUGACCACAGUCGGACAGAUACCCGGGCUCAACACUCUGGGCAUCUCCUUGGUAAGGAUUGACUAUGCCCCAUGGGGUGUCGUCUCACCCCAUACAGACCCCCGAGCCACGGAGAUUUUGUUGGUCAUUGAAGGGACGCUGCUCAUUGGCUUCGUCACGUCCAACCCCGACAACAAGCUGAUCACCAAGGUUAUCCAGAAGGGUGACGUUUUCGUGUUCCCCGAGGGACUCAUUCAUUUCCAACAGAACGUGGGCUACAGGAGCGCCUUCUCGUACUCUGGUCUCAGCAGCCAGAACCCGGGUGUGGUUCUGGUUCCAGAUACGGUCUUCGGGUCGACUCCACACAUUGCCACUGAUGUUCUCGCCAAGGCUUUCCAGGUGGAUAAGGCCAUAGUUGGCCAGAUUGAAGCGAAAUUCUAG